GGCCUCGCGCGGGCCGUGCGGGUGUGAGGGCGGCGGGGGUGGGGUCAUGCCGGGCAGGAGGUCGGCCAAGGAGAAGAAGCGUCGCCGCUCGCGUUCUUGCUGUCCGGAGGGAGCCUCGGCGCCGGGCGGUAGCGAGAGGAAGCGGCGGAGCACCGAGUCCAGCCAUGGCGCCCUGGAGGAAGUAAAAUGCAAUGUACCAUCUGGAGAAAAAGUGGAAGAAGCUGAACAACCCAGUGAUAUAGAAGAAGGAGGAUUAGAUCUCAGCAUCUCACUCAAACCAGUCAGCUUCUACAUUGCAGACAAAAAAGAAAUGCUUCAACAGUGUUUCUGUAUCAUAGGGGAGAAAAAACUACAGAAGAUGCUGCCUGAUAUUUUAAAGAACUGUUCCAUGGAUGAAAUCAAAAGGCUUUGCUUGGAGCAGUUGGAGCUGUUAUCUGAAAAAAAACUGUUGAAGAUACUUGAAGGCAAGAUUGGAGCUGAUUCUGAUACUGACGAGGAGGCAGAUGGAGGAGACAAGACUGGAGGUGAAUCAGUCAGUCAGUAUUUAAUUGGAAGGAGUCAGCUACUGAAUGUCCUGCAAGAUCAAGUAGGCAUUCUUCCCAUCUCAUUCAAAAGACAGGACAACAGUAUAGACUCUACUUCUUCUCUGAGAGAAGACAACAAGCUAGAAGGUCAGGAAUCAAAACAAGGCAAGGGAGAAGAUAGUGAUGUCCUCAGCAUAAAUGCAGAUGCGUAUGAUAGUGACAUAGAAGGUCCAUGCAAUGAAGAAGAUGGCCCCGAUGUGCAAGAAAACACUGUCAGAAGUGGAGCCGGCCAGAUAGAUGACCUUCAGAAGGACAUUGAGAAAAGUGUGAAUGAGAUACUGGGGUUGGCAGAGUCCAGCCCAAAGGAGCCCAAAGCAGCAACCUUAGCCAUUCCUCCGUCAGAAGAUGUUCAGCCAUCAGCACAGCAGCUGGAGCUUCUGGAGCUUGAGAUGAGGGCCAGAGCUAUUAAGGCUCUGAUGAAGGCUGGAGACGUGAAAAAGCAACCCUGAGACUGUUUAGAUUUAAUUUUCAGUAUUUGUUUUGAAGGAUGUGAUGUCUGUUCUCUUCAGUGCUAAAGUAUAUUUGGGUUGAGUAUGACAUUCCUCAUUCAAACCCUGUUGUGUAUCCUGACCUGUGGCUUAAGCCAUUGAUAGUUGUUUUUGUUGCCUUUAGUGUGCUGCCUCCAUGACAUGAACAGAGUGGUUUGAUCCUUCACUGAGAUCAGGUCUCUGUUCUGGGUUAUCUCUUCAAGGAGUAACACAGCAUAUACAGCUAUGACAGGAACCUUGUGCCUUCCAGAAAGGUUUGGAGAAUCAAGUUCUUUGUAACGUGGUGGUUAAAAAUUACCAGCUGUUUUAUUUAUUAGCAGCUUGUUAAACUACUUGAGAAACUUGGAUUUAUAUGUACUUCAUUAGAAAUACCAUUUUGAAGAGGUCUUUUGUCAUGUGACUGCCUUCAGCAUUCUGUGAUGGGAUUUGAGAUUGCUUAUUUCUCCUUGGGGCUCAGCCUAUCGUGGUGUAGCCAUUCUAGUUAAAAUGAAUGAUGAUUCACUUAAAAGCGUACUUAAUUUUUAGAAAGUUGAAUUCCUAAGGGGAGGGAUUUUCUACUUUCAAAUAAUCGGUUGAACCAUGUUAUUUUCAGAGUUGUGAAAGUGCCUGAAAGUGACAAAUACCAGAGUCUUUAUACUGUUGGCCAUUUAAUUUUGUAACUCUCCACUGCUGUUUAUCUUCUGUGUCAUAAAUGAAAUAACGAAAAUAGUUUUUUUUUUCUUGACUAUGAAGCUUUUUUGUUGAAUAUUUGGCUUGAUAUUUAGGACAAUGCAGCAAAUCAGACUGUUUAGAAGACCGUGAGUUUUUUAACAUUUAGUUGAUGUAGUAAUUUGAUGUCCCCUGUAAAUACAAAAAUCCAACUAAUUUCAGUAUAAAUGGUUUUUUAGAAAAGGCAUUUAAUUUAUUUAUACCUAUUAUAUAAGGUUUUAAAAUUAUAAUUCUACUUUUAUCCAUUUCAAAGGUAUUUCUUUGUAAGUAAAUUGUAUUACAGGAUUAAUUUUCCUGCUAUGAUUUCUUACAACAAUUAAAAUAAUCCUGAUUUUGUUUAGAAUUUGUUUACAAUUAGUUUUAUACUUCGCUUCUAAUCAAAUGCAUAUUAAAAUAUUUGCGUGUCUUUGUUUACAUACAAACCCAGAAAUUAAUUUUUUUUUGAGGUAUGAAGUUUACAAAAGUGGUCCUUGUUAAAUAAAAUUGUAUAUUAUAUAUUGUUACUACUGAUUUUCCAUUGCUGUUAGAAACCAAAUUAGAUACUUUGCAACAGUAGCACAGAUAAUUUCCACACUGUAUUUUGUAAUAUCACUGCAGACCUUGUUCUAUUCAAAUAUUAUGCCUUAAUUUCUCUUGCAAGUUUUAUAAUUUUCUUUUUUCUCCCUCCUUUUUUCCUUUCCUUUUUUCCCUUUAUUCUUUUUUUUACUUUCCUUUUUCACCUUUUCUCCCUUUAUUUUAACCCCUUUUCUACCCUUUUCCCUUUCUUUGUUGGUAGUCAAGUGCAUUGUGUUUAGUAAGAAGCUUCUUAUAUAUUUCUUAAAUAUAUUUCUUGCAUAUUUCUUAAAGUAUGAUUGAUGUCCUCUAGAAUCAACAGUAUUGUGAGUAAAAUGGUAGCAAAAUAUUGCAGUGUAAAUUUGAUUAUAAACUAAAACCUUCAUUAAAUACAGCUGGGAAAAUUACAGCAUGCGUUGACUAAAUGAUGGCAGUGACCUGAGUAAAUUUCAUCUGACUGUAAUCAGUUAUCCCCAGCAACAACAUUUCUUUUAUUUUUUAGCAAGUGGAGAAUGUAAAUCAGAAUAUAUAUAUCCAAUUCAAAAGGUAAUUUAACUGUCUCAGAAUAUAUGUGUGUGUUGUCUUCAGUUAAUUUCAUUUGGCUCUUUGGUGAACUUGUGAUUUGUUUGAGUACAGAGAAAUAAAAGCAGGUAAUGAGAGAAAGACAGUUGGCAAAACCUA